UCUGUUAAUCACUUUAUCAUACCAAAAAAUAGUGUUUUCACGUCUGAGUCGAGACUUACAACCUUCAACUUGUUUGGUACCCUUUAAUUUUCUGUCUUUCUGGUCCUUAAGCAUCUACCUUCAAACGCAAUGUCGACCGAGACCGAGGGAACUUUCGAGGUGGCAGAUGCCAGCCUGUAUACUAAGACCUGGACUCCUCAAGGCCCCAUCAAGGCAAAGUUAGUGCAUGUCCAUGGCUUCAGCGAUCAUGUCAAUUGGUACAAUGACGUAUAUCGAAUUCUAGCCUCGAAUGGCAUUCAAGUCUUUGGUUUCGAUCAAAGAGGUUGGGGCCGAAGCGUGAAGCAGCCAUCCGACAAGGGAAAUACAGGCCCAACAUCACGCGUUAUUGCGGAUAUCGCCGCCUUCAUUGAGAGCAAACUGCCUUCGGAUGUCCCGGUCUUUGUCCUGGGCCACUCUAUGGGCGGCGGCGAGGUCAUCACGCUUGCAGCUGACCCUCAGUAUGCCAAACUCGUGAGCCAAGUGCGUGGCUUUCUGCUCGAGGCACCAUUCAUCGGGUUCGCCCCUGAGGAAGUCCCAAGUUCGUUCAAGAUCUUUGCAGGACGACUAGCCUGUAAAAUUCUCCCCCGGUUUCAGCUUAAACACGUACUCGAUGUUGCCAACUUGACGCGAAAACCAGAGGUGGCCAAGGGUUUCAAAGAGGAUCCUCUGUGCCACGACACAGGCACACUCGAAGGGUUGGCAUCACUCCUUGAUCGCACGGGAGCUCUUCAAUCGGGUUCCGUGAAGCUGGGUAAAGAGGUCAAGUCGCUUUGGCUUGGCCAUGGAGACCACGAUAAAGCGUGCAGCUAUCAAGCGGCCAUAGAUUUCGCAGAGAGGCAAGAUAUCGAGGACAAGGUGGUCAAGACAUACGUGGGAGGUUAUCAUGCGCUACAUGUAGACCUGUGCCAGGAGGAAUAUGCCAAAGAUAUCACUGACUGGAUCUUGGAGAGAAGUCAAGACCAGAAACCGAUCGAGGCCAAGCUAUAGUGUAGCUGUAGAGGACUUGUGGAUGCGCGAGUAUCACGGGAUUCAAGCUCUCUUGUUUUCGAGAUGAUCAACAUCAUUCGAUGUUAUUGUAAUUUUUUUCAGCUUUUAGCAAAUAGCGAGAUCAUGCUAGUAUUUAUAUAAUAUUGGAUGCCAACCAAC